UGCCUUCUUCACGCUGCGCCACGGCGAAAGCAGCGUCGAUGCAAGGUCGAGUUAGACUUUGCACCGCCUUGCGUCUUCAGCCUUCCAUUGCUACACUAGUACCUUGUGUUUCGAUGAUGCGUGUCGGCACACGUGGGUGAGGUGAGGCAGUAAAAUGCAUGGCACAGGCACAGCCCCGCUCCCUCACUACAUCUCUUGACUUGGCGGCGAUUACGACCACACCUCUAGGCAAGCACGAUUGGUGGGGGCAAGUCGUUUCUCUCUUCUUCAUAACCUCGUCUUUAUCCUCGGCGAGUAAACAGUCUUCCUCUCUCAACUUCAGCAUUUCUGCAACUUCCUCAUAUCAGUCGAACAAGCAGUAAUGUCUUACAACAACUAUGGUCCGCCUCCAGGCGGUCAUCAGCAAUACCCACCAGACGGCUAUCCGCCCCCUCAACAGCCUUACGGGCAAGGUCCGCCAAUGAACCAGGGCUACAACCAGCCGCCUCCCGGACCCCCACCUGGACAGUGGAAUCAAGCCUACCCUCCUCCGCAACAGCAAGGCUACGGAGCUCCCCCGCCACAUGGCCAGUAUAAUCACGGCCCGCCUCCCGGUCAGUACGGCGGCGCACCACCUCCACCCGGCGGGUAUGGUCAACCACAGGGCAAUUAUGGAGCACCACCCAAUAACUAUGCUCAAGGUGGUUACGGGGCUCCAUCUGGCCCCCCUGUUCCGCCAUCUCCAGGCUACGUUGCUGGACGAAUGGCUCCUGACGGGCCCGGCUUCAAUGCGCAUGACACCGCCAAGAAGUUACGCGGUGCGAUGAAGGGACUGUAAGCAUUGUAUCAAUCUCAAGAAGCCCCUUCAACCCAUGACUGACUCUUCUCCACAGUGGCACCGAUGAAAACACCCUCAUCAA